CAGUUUAGACAGAGAUCGGGGGCAAACACAACCCAAAUCGGGGGUUUCUAUUCAAAGCCAGCUGGUCUGGCUUUAUCACAUGCGGGACAUUUGUUUUAGGCAAUGUGUUUGUAUUUUUAGUUUUUUUCAACUAUCUCCAUGGUUUUCCUUUCUUUUUUUAAAACUUUUGAACUGUUCGAUUGAGCUGGUCCCUAGCUGGUACUGAGGGGUGUAACUUCCUGGGGAAGCAGAGAAACGGCACGGUUUGGAAGAUUUCCAGCAGCAGUCCAGCCUGCUGUAUGAAAACUCUCUUUCCAUCUACCCCCCCUGAGAACUGUCGAGGCCAGAAAACAGUGCCAACCAAAAACAACCUCAAGCAUUGUGAACACUGAAAGGACUUCUCCGAUGAAUCGCUGACAAGCUGCACUGAGAAAGCUACGAGACUGAAGGCGCGCAAGACGGGUGACGAAGGAACAUCGAAGGUGGUACGGAUGCUGGAGUCUUUGAGUUGAUUGGAACAAAUAGAAAGCAGAAAAAAAGACAGAUAAAGGAAGAGCAGAAGAGUGAAGAGAGAGCAGAAGAAAGAGGAGAGAAAAGAAAGCAUAAAGUUCUUUAGAAAGAGGAGAGAAAGAAAGAGACGGGGACGAUGGGGAGGAAAAAGAUUCAGAUCACGCGGAUUAUGGAUGAACGCAACAGACAGGUGACAUUUACAAAGCGAAAGUUUGGCCUGAUGAAGAAGGCGUAUGAGCUGAGUGUGCUGUGUGACUGUGAGAUUGCCCUGAUCAUCUUCAAUAGCACCAACAAGCUGUUCCAGUAUGCCAGCACAGACAUGGACAAGGUCCUGCUUAAAUACACAGAGUACAAUGAGCCCCAUGAGAGCAGGACCAACUCUGAUAUUGUGGAGACAUUGAGAAAGAAGGGCCUAAACGGCUGUGACAGCCCAGACCCUGAUGCAGACGACUCGGUCGGCCACAGCCCCGAGUCCGAGGACAAGUACAGGAAAAUAAACGAGGACAUUGAUCUGAUGAUCAGCAGACAGAGACUGUGUCAGGCCGUGCCCCCAUCGAACUAUGACAUGUCUGUGUCCAUUCCCGUUAGCAACCAGAACAAUCUCAUUUACAGCCAUCCCGGUGGUUCUCUAGGCAACCACAACCUGUUGCCACUGGCGCACCAUGGCCUACAGAGAAACAGCAUGUCUCCCGGAGUUACACACAGACCCCCCAGUGCAGGUGGCCUCAUGGGUGCUGACCUCACCACUGGCGCAGGCACCAGUGCUGGAAAUGGAUAUGGGAACCACCGCAACUCGCCAGGUCUGCUGGUCUCUCCAGGCGGCAUGAACAAGAACAUGCAGGCUAAGUCUCCCCCACCCAUGAACUUAGGCAUGAACAACCGCAAACCUGACCUACGUGUGCUCAUCCCCCCUGGCGCCAAAAACAACAUGCCCUCCAUCUCUGAGGAUGUUGAUCUGCUAUUGAACCAGAGAAUAAACAACUCCCAGUCUGCUCAGUCAUUGGCAACCCCAGUGGUAUCAGUAGCAACUCCCACUCUACCAGGACAAGGCAUGGGCGGUUACCCAUCUGCCAUCUCUACUUCUUAUGGUACCGAGUAUUCCCUGAAUAGUGCAGACCUGUCCUCCCUGUCUGGCUUCAACAGCGGCAGCUCCCUUCACCUCGGCUCAAUGAGCGGGUGGCAACAGCAACACCUUCAGAACAUGCAGCAUUCAGCCCUCGGCCAGCUAGGAAAUUGCUCUAGCUCUCACUUAUGUCAGGGUUCAAAUCUCUCCCUGCCCUCUGCUCAAAGCCUGCACAUCAAGUCCGAACCUGUUUCUCCUCCUAGAGAUCGCACCAGCAGCACGGGGGGCUACGGUGGGGUACCACCUCCUCAGAACCCCUCGUCCCGCCAGGACUCGGGACGCUCCCCUGUUGAUAGCCUGAGCAGUUGUAGCAGCUCCCAUGAGGGCAGCGACCGCGACGAGCACAGGAAUGAGUUCCACUCGCCUCUGGGACUGGCCCGGCCCGCCCUGGACGAGCGCGAGAGCCCCUCCAUCAAACGGGUGCGCCUGUCAGAAGGAUGGGCCACAUGAUAGCUCUGUCCACUCCCCGGCAGUGC